GAGCGCGGACCGCGGCCGGUCGCGCGGAGGGCACUUUGUGGACCUUCGCUUCGCGCGUAGUGCGGGAGGCUCGGCUGACGCACGCAAAGCUGGCAGAGCGGCAUCAGUGAGCAUGUGACACCGCUGACUGUGCGGGGCGCGCGGGCUGGCCGCCGCGUCACCGCCGGGAGGGGCAACGCCGACACUCGAUCAUUGUUUACAUGCCGACUAGUACAACACCACAUUCCACUCGGCGCGGUCGAUCGCCUCUCGUCAUUUACGUUACGAUCUGCAUUUAAAGUGAAAUCUAUGCCAAAAUUGCAUUUCUUUCAGUGAAUGUGAUACAUUGUUUGUUGAGUGAUACUGGUUGUUAAUUGUACAGAAGUGAGCUCAUUAAACAAGCGACUAUGAAAUAAAAUGAAAAUUAGGUCUUGCCAGAUAACGCCGAAGCAAGUGCGUUUGCUUCUGUUCAAGGAGUGCGACUGGCGAGGGAGGAAGCUUCUGUUCGAUUCAUCGACUAUAGAGAAAGUACCAGCGAGCAAAGAUGCCGACGCGAAGCAGACCGAUACGUUUCCGUGCGUCGUGGAAGUCGCAGAAGGAUUCGCUUAUGUGUAUAAAGGUCCAGCGGCAGAUGCGAGCGUACUCGGUGAGAUGAUAUUCGGCGCGGUUGCAAUGAGCUGCAAAGGCGUCUCAUUGAAGAUUCACAUCAUGGAUGAACCGAAAAGGUUAAUGUGUACGAAAGUGUUCUGCGUGCCAACAUCCCGGCGCAUAAGCAGAGUAGAGCGCAAAGUUGAGCCGAGCUCUGUUGAGCUGAGGGAGCGUUCCAAACCUCUCAACGUGCCGCUGCAGAAAGAAGAGGUCUCGUUGAGCUUUUCCAUUGACAGGGGAGACUCGGGUUUUUACGGGGAUCAAACGCCGCACAGCAGCAUCGGAUCGACCUACGAUUAUUUCUCAAUGUUUGACGUUUGGGACGGCAGCAAUACUCAGGACGAUAUGUUCUCUUUUCACACCCCAUCAGGCCGCAAGCUAAGCACGUCGAGCAACGGCAGUUGGCAGCGUCGCACGUUCAGAAAUCUAGCGACGCGCUUCGACCUCGGCAACAGCUCGAACCUGCUCGCCGUGCCCAGCGGCUCCACUACCACCGACUCUCAGGUAUACAGCUGUAGCUCGACCAGCGGGACGAGCGACAGCCUGGCGAGUAGUUGCGCGGCGUUGAAGAAGAACAAGCUGGGGUUGGCACUGCUCAUCAGUGUCCCUGAUGCUGCUGAGAAAGACUUCGUCCGGCGAUGCGUGGAGAUGUCCCCUCAACUGCAGAGCAUGGUGUGUCGGCUACGCCUGGCCACAAUGACGGCCGGCGCCGGCGGCAAAUUCGUCGCUACGUUGCAUCAGGCCGCUCAUGACGCGGCUGGAUGGCUAUCUCAACUGCUGUCCGGGCCACGACUCCAACCAGCGUGGCUCCGCCUCGUAUCCAGCGAGCCUCCGCGCUCGCACAAGCUCGCCGACUCCUUGCUCGCGGACCUGUGCGCGGUGCUGGCCCGCGCCGACACCAAGGACACCAACUUCUUCAUCAGCACGCUACUGACGCACGUGCUGACGUACCACCUGGGCUGGGUGAGCACGGUGAGCCCGUACGAGGGCCCCGCGCCGCCGGUGCGCCGGCCGCACAACGCGCUGUGGGCGCAGCUCGCCGACCUGCACGGCGCCGUCGGCUUCCCCGUCCGCCAGGCCAAGACCAUCAUCAGCGGCGCCGAAACCGUCUUCGUCAACAAGCUCCUAGUCGUCCUUACAUACUUCGUCCGCUGCGGCGACGUCGUCCGCAAUGACUUCGAGUUCGACGACAGUGUUCUUAGGGAAAGUGAAACGGUGACGCUCAAAAGGACCGCGCCGGCCAAGUGCGAUAGUGUCAAGGACGAUGCGACGCCCGCUCCGAGUCGCGGCUUCGGACGGUCGACGACGCUCGCCAAUCUAAAUCGGCAGCUCUCUACUAGUGUAGAUUUCGAGGAACGGUGCAUGUCAAGCGAGAAGAGCACGAGAGGAAUCAGGAGGAACCCCACGAUGAUGCUCGCGGCCAAGUCAUCCUCCGAUUCCAGUCUCGAUUCGACCGCGUCCGAGGAAGAAGUGGAAAGAAAGGUCGUGUUCGUCCUCGGCGACGAUGAGAAGCUAGUCGGGUUGAAGAACAAAUCGAACGGCGGAAAAAGCGUAAAAAGGUCCUCCAAAAUACAACACGAGCCGCUAAAUCUAGACGCGAUAGAGAAAGCUGGCGACGAGGAAAAGAAAGGCUGCGACCAGAAGCCCUGCGAGCAGAAAUGCUCCCGGAGCGCCGACAGCCCGUCCAAAUGCUGCGCGCAAACACUUCAACAUUCCAAACCAAUAAAACAUUCCGGCUUUAAGUUCGAGUUCGAUAAAUACCCUCAGAUAGUCACUAAUUAUAUGAAAAGCAAGAACUUAGAAAUAUUAGAUAGGCAUUAUAUCGGGAAACCGGGAAAUCUGAAGCUUGACAAUUUCCAGUUCGAUCCGACGAUCGUUCCGCCGAUACAAGAAGAGCGUUGCGAGGCGUGUUACAAGUGUCAGAUGAUGGAAUCUAUGCUUCAGACUCCCACGAACGCUUCCGAGUUGGAAUACAUGAACGACGUACCGCGGCAGUCCGAUCCUCAGUACGCGAAGGAGUCUACAGUGAGCGAUAGUGUUCAAGUGUCCCCGAAGACUUUUGUUAGGAGAAAAAAAGAGGCGACUUUAGUAGUGAACGUUAAACCUAGUGUGUCGGUGGAAGUGAGCAGGGUAGACGGGUGCGGACGCGGGAGCGAGCGGGACAGAGGCUGUGUGCGGCAGGUGAUCGAGUUCUCGGUGCCGCGGCUGGUGCGGCGGCCGGCGCUGGCGGCCGGCCUCGACGGCUCUCUACUCGGCGGGGUCACCAACCAUUAUGUACCUGAUUUAGUUUUACAAGGAACAAUAUCGAAACCUCAAACGUGGGAGAUGGAUCUCCGGCGAGAUCUAGAUUUGGCGUCGUGUCUCAACAAGGCCAGCGACGCGUGCGCAAUGCCGGUCGCUAUCGUGGGGGAUACUGACGCUUGGGAGGUGCGCGUGGUGGGGCGCGAGGCGGGCGGCGGCAUGUCGGCGCUGGUGGGCGCCAUGCUGGACGCGCUGCCCGCCAUGCGCCGCGCCCGGGUGCCCGCCUACCAGUGCCUAUCAUAUCUAGAGGGUAAACUGCGCGAGUUCUGCGUACUGUCCAAGACGCUUGCCGACAUGCUAAUGUCGACAGAUUUCUGCGACAUAGCCACCCUCACCAAGACACUCAACAUCGACGUCAACGACGUGCCGCUACUGCUCGCCAUCGCCACCACUCACACACCUCAAGUCGCCGCCAGAUACGGCAUCAGUUAUAGGUAGCAAGCGAAAUACGAAUGUGUCUGAUUACUAUAGAGCUCAAUUUUCAGUAAGCUGCUAUGUGGCCGAUUAUAUAGGGUAGGAACGAGUAACAAUUUUAACCACGCAUUUCUAAAGUCAUAAGGAGCAGGAAAAACAUUUUUUUUUGCAUGUUUGUGUGUUGUCUUCACACGACACAUUAUUUCUUUUUUCAUCUUGGCGAGUAAAAGAACAUUACAACGAACCAGUGUUUUUUUAAUACAGAUAAUAUUUGCGAGUUUCCUUUAAAACUUUAAUGUCUGUCAGUAGGUAUGUCUAAACGAAGUCACAUUGUGUUGAAUUGAAGUCACACACAAAAAGGCGUUUUUCACUGAGUUGCGUAAUGCAAACCAAUUUUCACUAGAAUUGACAUUAUCUCUAAAACAAGACCGAUUUCAUAAAAGUUUGUACGACAUUUUAGUCUCUAAAUGCGGCCAAGAAUACACAUUUCUCGUUCUAAUACUCGUUCCCACCCUGUAUCUAAGUGUGAUGAUAUAGAACUCGAUUUUAUGUUAAAAUACUGUCUUGUCAUUAACUUAAUAUCAAAUAUGCUACAAGGCUGCCUAAAUAUUUAGUAUAAGCUUCAUUUAAAAAGAGGUCUCACUAUUAAAAUUAUCUUUGGCUGGUUUAGGACUGACAACACCUUUUAGUAGUGAGCCGUCUUUGAGAUGACUUCCAGCGAUUUCAAA